AUGCUACAAGUACAUAUUCCUUCCGUGGGGCCGGAGGUAGCAGACCCCGAGAGGAGCCUGGAGAAAGUACACAUGGUGUUCAAGGUGGAGGUCCUCUGCCACGGGCGAAGGCACACCGUUCAUCGGCGCUAUAGCGAAUUCCAUGCCCUGCACAAGCAGAUUAAGAAGUCUUGCAAAGUGCCUGACUUUCCCCCCAAACGAGUGCCUAACUGGAGGCCCAAGGUUCUGGAGAAUCGAAGACAGGGAUUGGAGACCUACAUCCAGGGUGUCCUGUGUCUCAAUCAGGAAGUCCCCAAGGAGGUGCUGGAAUUCCUGAAACUUCUACAUUUCCCUUCAGACCCUAAGGCCAGCAGCAUGGAUGCUCAGCUACCCCACAGACCAGUCCUGAACUUCCACAGGGAUCCAUACAUUCAAAGCCCUUCUCCAGAGCCAAUCCCCAACAUGGUGGUGAACGGCGUGUUGCAGGGCUUCUAUGGCUACAGCGGAUGCCCCACCGUGGCCCAGCUGAAAGACCCCCAUUUCAUACCACCCUUACUACAGCCAGGGCCCUGA